AAAGCAAAACUUUGGAAUUUCCUUUUCCUCAAGGAAACAGAGGAUCUCUUUAUAAUUUCCUUUUCCUCAAAGAAACAGAGGAUCUCUUUCUCUCCUAGACCUAAACUCUCAUAUGGCCGACGUCGGAGGAGAUAUGGCAGAGAAGGAGCUUGAGAAGCCGACUUACGGGUUCUGGAUUUGGGCUAUGGCUUCCGUGAUUCUCCGAUUAUUCUUCAUCUUUUACUUCCCGGAAAACUUCAAAUUAUCUUCCCGUCCGGAGGUCUCCACCCCUCUCACAAGCGUUCGCCGCCUUGCUGAAGGUUACUGGUUGAAGCAGUCAUCGAUGUCACCAUACGCAGGAUCAAUGUAUCAUGGCUCUCCAUUGCUGCUCUCUGUUCUGGGUCCGCUCACUAGUCAAUGGAUUGAAGGGCAAUCGAGUCACCAUUUGUGCAGCUUGGUUUUUGUUUUUGCAGAUAUACUUAGUGCAUUGCUUCUUCGAGCUAUUGGUCAGAAGCUUCAAAAGACUUACAGCAUGAAUUUGAAGCGACUUGGCGUUCUCAGGUCAUCAGGGGACAGAGGGAUCCUCCCUUGUGGAGAUAUUGCUGCCCUUGUGUACCUGUGGAAUCCUUACACAAUUCUUUCUUGUGUUGGGUUAUCAACUUCUCCAAUAGAAAAUUUGGCUGUCAUUGUAUCUCUUUACGGAGCAGUUACUCGAAGAGUUCCCCUGGCUGCAUUUGGGUUAAUCACGGCCACGCAUUUGUCUCUUUAUCCAGCAAGUUUGGCGAUUCCAUUGAUCUUACUGUUGGGAUAUGGUUUAGAUGCCCAUCCUUUAAAAAAUUUCCUUCAUACAAGAGAUCGAGGAGUUGAGACUGGAUCAACCUCUGAUGUUUCUAAACAAGACAAAUUGACUAGAACUACACAACUUCCUUUUUUAUGGAGAACGGUGUUGCAUUUCGUAUUCUGGGUAUUAGUGUUGUCGAUCUGUGUCUUGGUUUUAUGUAGCUUAUCACUAAAACAAUAUGGUGGGCUUGAGGAGAUGUUCAAAAGAACAUAUAGUUUCAUUCUGAAUAUCGAAGAUUUGUCACCAAACAUUGGUGUCUUUUGGUACUUCUUCGCAGAAGCCUUUGAGUCUUCUAGAAAUUAUCUCCUGAUAGUUUUCAACUUAUAUAUUUUGCUUACGUCGCUACCACCGUUAGCCUUCCGAUUCAAACAUCGGCCCUGCUUCCUUGCUUUCGCUUAUUUAGUCAUGUCCUCGAUUAUUAAAUCUUAUCCUUCAGGUGGAGAUGCAGCUUUAUACUUGAGUUUAUGGGCAUUGUUUGUCAAUGAAUUAUCAGACAUGAACAACUUGUUCUUUAUAUUAUGUGGACAUAUUGGAGUUUCGCUUCUCAGCCCUGUGGUGCACAACAUCUGGAUAUGGAGGGGAACUGGAAAUGCAAACUUCUACUACGGGAAUGCUAUGGGCUACGUGUGCUUUCAGUUUAUGUUUGUGGAAGAAAGUGUAAACGCAAUGCUCGACCAUGACAAGGCGCUGGAAAAAGCUACUGGAAAAAUGACUAAGAACUGAGCCAUUCUUUUUUCUAAUCAGUCUUGUAGCCUCUAACCAUAAACUUGUGAAGAAAGUACACUGUGUGUUUCUCUUUGACCAUUGUAAAUGUUUGGGCUGCCUGUAUGUGGCCCCCUGUAAAAUGCCCCCCUGUAAAAUAGGAUUUCAACUCGUGUACCCCUGUACUUUAAACUCGUGUAUCUCUGUACUUUAAGGCUCUACCUAUUUUUCCCUAGACAACA